UGAUGGCGCGCUGGAACCCGGUAGAAAAUGACGCACUUUCAUUGUCUGCGCGCGUGACUGCACUACGCUAGAGCAAGCAGGCAAAACGGAAGUACAUAUCUCUUGCUGCGGUGCGAAACAAACAACAACACGGAUAUAUUCGCGCGUGCAUCGUGAAAUUGCUCUGAACGCCGGCAUCGGAAGCCAUGCUUGAAGCCCUACUUUUGAGCGUCAUCGUCGGGCUUGCUGCAUGGUUCGUUAUACAACGGAAGAGACGACUGUCAUUCUUUAAAGAUCUCGGAAUCCCCGGACCUCCUCCAAGUUUUAUUUCAGGAAACCUUUCUGAGGUGAUACGGAAGGGAGCACUGGUCACAUUCAAGGAAUGGCUAGAAAAAUACGGAGACAUUGUAGGCUUCUACAACGGGGCUCAUCCGUUUAUUAUCGUGAAAGAUCUCGAACUAAUCAAGAAGGUCCAGAUAAAUGAUUUCAACAAUUUUACAAGUCGAGGAAUGAUGUCGGGCUUCGCGCGAACCCACCCGAUUCUCACUCAAAGCGUGACGCACGCUGAGGGGGACCACUGGAAGAAAAUGCGCAGCCUUAUCACGCCAGCCUUUACGACGAGCAACAUGAAGAAGAUGAUGAGCCACAUGGACGACACCACAAAUGAGUUUUUCGAUAUCAUCGAGACCCUGCGGCCGAAGCACAAAGCCAUCGAGUUUCGGCAGCUGUUCCAGAGGCUUGCGGCAGACGUCAUCAUUCGGUCAGCGUUCGGCCUAAAAUCUAAUCUGCAGCAAAAAGGUCGAACCAACAGCACAACAGAGUCACUGUUUCAGGAUAGCUUGGCAAGUUUUCAGCAAUUUCGUCGUGCGUGGAUAAACUUCCUGACUGCGUGCUUUCCCGAGUUCACCCCCUUAUGGACAAUGGUCAUAUCAUACAGUUCGGGGCUCAGCAAGACCGCUACAGACAGGAUGUGUGAUGAAAUUUCUGCUGUCGUAGAAUUCCGUCGUGGAAACCACGAGAAAGACAGAAGCGAUCUCCUGCAGCUGAUGCUCAAUGCAGAAGUUGAAGAUGAAGCCCCCAUCGACAUGCAUUUGCUCACAACGUCCGUCGAUGCAGAUAGCACAUAUACAGAGAGCCAGCCUGCCAAAGUAAACAGCAGGAAGAAGAGCUUUCUAACAAACAUGGAAGUUAUGGCAAACUGCAUCUCCUUCUUCGUAGCAGGGUUUGAGACGACAGCCACAGCUCUGGCUUAUACAGCCUAUCUUCUGGCGAGACACCCAAAUAUUCAAGGCCGCCUUCGAGAAGAAGUCAUGGGCGUCCUGAAAAGAGAUGUACGACAUAUUCAUAAUCAUCUGUGGCAUUUUUUUAUUCGUCAUGUGAGCCUAGCUGAAGAACAUGUGAUGUUUCAGGGAAUUUUCACGUAUGACAAUGUUUUCAGCAUGAAAUACAUGGAGCAAGUUAUAUCGGAAUCGCUUCGAUUUUAUGCGCCUGUCACAGGAUUCGCAACAAGAGGAUGUGCCGCAGACUACGUCUACGAGGGUAUCAGUAUACCUGCUGGAACCACCAUCCUUAUUCCCAACUACCACAUGCACCAUGACCUAGCUUUUUGGAAGCAACCCGAAAUGUUCGAUCCCGAAAGAUUCAGUCCUGAAAACAAAGGCCAGGGAGAUCUUGCAGCGUACCAACCUUUUGGUCAAGGCCCUCGGAUGUGCGUAGGCAUACGCUUCGCUCAGCUUGAGAUGAGACUAACCUUGGCGAAGCUAAUGGCGAAAUACAAGCUCGUUCUGGACGACCGCCAUCUUAAGGAGAAAGAGUUGAAGGUUGAAUCUACCUUCUUCUUGACCUACCCUAAGAAUGGCAUAUGGCUCAAGCUUGAAAAAAUAUGAAGGUCAGACCAUCAUUUCCAGUGUACUCAAGGGAUCAUUCCACACCGAUUAUUUUGGAGACCUUUGUGCUUCAUUACAUUCUACUGGAUUUCAGGAAAUGUACUGGCCGCUUUAUUUUAAUAAACGUACAGGGCGUUAUAU